UUUUGUUAAGUAAUCUUGGAAAAUGCAGUUUGUCUCAUAAGUUUAUCUCCAAAUAUUUUACAAAAAAACAAAUUUUAUUUUACAGCUACGUUAUUUAACUUCCACAAGUUUUCUGUGCUUCGGAUUUACUGUGAAACUUCUAAAGCUAAUUGGUUAAAAUGAAUUGCGCUUUUAAAGUCAAAACACUUUUAAAUUUUCAAAGACUGUUUUGAAUGGUUAUAUAGUGGAAUAAAAUGAUUGAUAAUGCCUACGACUAAAAUCUUUAAAACAAAAAAUGUUAAAAUGUCGCUGAAAAGUAUUUUUAAUAGUAUAUUUCGAAAAGAUUUACUUUCAGCAAAACUGACAUAUUUUUUUUGGAAUGGAAAAACUGUUUUUGUAUCUUAUCUUCCAGUAUUUUUAGAAGAUAUCGGCUUCUCUCCGUCCAGAGUAACUCUUAUAUUUUCUCUGUAUAUAAUUUCUCAAUUUAUGGGAAGUAUAUUUUGGGCUUUUAUAGCAGACCGUUUAAGCAAAUACACUGUUAUUGUUGUUGCCUUAACAGUUUUGGCAACCGUUUUUACUUUACCUCAACCCUUUAUUACAAGUUCUUUUAAAAUUCCACGUCAUAACGUGACGUUUAUACCAUCUUAUAAAUUAAAAAUGAACAACGAAGUUAAAGCAAGUUUAUUUUUUAUUGUUAUGAAUAUGCUAAGUUCGUUUUUUGAAGGAGGAUUACAUGGGAAAGUAGAUAACUUUAUAGUUGAUUAUAUUGUAGAAAACAGCUCAAUAAAAGCUUAUGGCAUACAGAGAUUAUUUGGAUCAAUUGGAAACGCUCUUUUUGCAGUUUUAAUUGGAAUUGUUAUUGAAAAAAAGUUUUUUUGCAGCAUUUCAAUUUAUACUCCGAUAUAUAUUUUUCAUGCCAUCCUUAUUUUUUUGUUUCUCGCGUCGUUUUAUAAAAUUGUCUAUUGGGCGGGUAGAAAAAAAUAUUCAAUUAUAAAAUUACAGCAACGUCACGACCAUGUCAAAGUUAAAUAUCCAAACUUUUUAUCAGUUUUAAAAAGGUUUGAUGUUUUUCCGUUUUAUUUAUUUGUAUUUGCAAAUGGACUUGCAUAUGGUGCAAAUAUGGGUAUUGGAAUGAUUCAUUUGUUAAAAUUAAAUGCAUCGCCAACUCUCCUGGGAAUUAACCUACUUUUAAUGCAAGUCUCUUCGCUAGUAUUUUAUCCAUUGUCAUCAAAAAUAAUUUGCUUGUUUGGAGGACCACUUUCAAUUACUUUUGUUUCCUCUAUUGUUUAUUGUGUAAGAUUUUUACUCAUGCGUUUUAUAAAUAACCCAUGGCUAAUACUUCCUUUGCAAUUAACUCAAGGUAUAAAUGGGGCAUUAUUCUGGGUAGCAACUAUUGAAUACACGUAUACAAAAAGUAACAAGCUAAUUGGAAAUUUAAUGUUUGGCUCAUUAAAUGCUAUUUAUAAAGGCGCCAGUCGAUCUCUUGGAGUUCUCAUUGCUGGUUAUUUGUAUGAAAAUUGUGGAGCUCAGAGUUGUUUUUUUUACUUGGCAGCAGCCAUGUCCUUUUUUUCUUUAAUAAAUAUUGUUUACAUUUUAUAUAUAAAACAAUCAAACUCAAUUGAAUCUAGUCCAAAACUUGUUGACCAAUGUAACAUUCCUACUAACGACCAUAACGCCCAGCUCACAGAAUCCGAAUGGGAUGACGCAUUCUUUUCAGGUUUACUAAUAGCUAAAAGACGACGUAGAAGUAGUUUUGUAAUGAAUAUAGUACAAAGAUUUUCAACACACAAGCCAGCUGUAAGAGCCUUGAUAAACCAAAAUGGAAACGAUAUUAUUAGCUGCGGAACAUUUCGUUCGCUUUUAUCAUAGUAUAACUCAACAAACUGUGGUAAAAUUUUGUCACUGUAAUUCAACAGAUCCUACACCUGAUGGGGUUAAUCGUAAAAUAA